GCCUCAGUACGCGAUGGACGCUCGCGCCGAACGCCCGUUAUAGUGAUGACGCAGCAUGCUGCUCUGGUUUAUCCUUCUCGUGGCCUGCGCCGACGCUGCGCGCGGCCCGCACCGCACGCACCAUGUCGUGCCGGCGCGCGCCAAGCACUCGGAGUUUGUGAAGGGGAAGAUAUGCAUCGGUACCAACGGCCGGAUGUCGGUGCCUUCGAAUCGCGAAACGCACUACCGGAAUCUUCGAGACCGCUUCACCAAUUGUACAUACGUAGACGGAAACCUCGAGUUGACAUGGCUCCAGAACGAUACGAUGGACUUGUCCUUCCUGCAGUAUAUCAGGGAGGUGACCGGCUAUGUGCUCAUUUCCCACGUGAGUGUGACGAGGAUCAUAUUGCCUCAGCUCCAAAUCAUUCGCGGGCGGACCCUGUUCAAGUUAAAUGUGAGAGACGAAGAGUUCGCGCUCAUGGUGACCAUGUCCAACGCCUUUACAUUGGAAUUGCCGGCCCUUCGUGACAUACUGCGUGGCAGCGUUGGCAUCUAUAAUAACUUCAACCUAUGUCACGUAAAAACUAUAAACUGGGAGGAGAUAAUUACAGGUCCUAACGCCACAUACGUAUAUGCAUACGAUUUCUCAGUGCCAGAGCGGGCUUGUCCCCGUUGUGAUGAGAGUUGCGCGCAGGGCUGCUGGGGAGAAGGGCCGAAGAAUUGCCAAAAGUUUUCUAAAACUAUAUGCAGCCCUCAAUGCGCACAAGGGCGCUGUUUCGGACCGAACCCGCGGGACUGCUGUAACACUUUCUGUGCCGGCGGCUGCACCGGCCCGCUGCCCACUCAGUGCCUUGCCUGCCGGAACUUUUACAAUGAAGGCACAUGCUCGCAGGAAUGUCCGAGAAUGGAGAAAUACAACUCUACUACCUAUUCUUGGGAGCCUAACCCAAAUGGUAAAUAUGCGUAUGGAGCUACAUGUGUUCGCAGCUGCCCUGAACACCUCCUUAAAGACACGGGAGCCUGCGUAAGAAGUUGCCCACCGGAUAAAACGGCGGUUAACGGAGAAUGUAUAUCCUGCAACGUGACGUGCCCUAAGACUUGCCGAGCAGAGAAGCCUAUUCAUUCAGGAAACAUCAACAGUUUCAAAGAUUGCACUAUCAUAGAUGGCUCGAUAGAAAUAUUGGAAAUGACGUUCACAGGGUUCUCGCAAGUUAAUCCAGACUACUCUUUUGGUGCACGGUACCCGAAGAUGAACCCUGACCAAUUAGAGGUAUUUAGCACAGUGCGUGAGGUGACAGGGUACCUGAACGUGCAAGCGCACCAUUCCAAUUUCACGAGUCUUUCUUACUUCCGGAAUCUGGAAGUCAUCGGAGGCCGGCAAGUGGUCGAGAAUCUUUUCGCUUCUCUGUAUAUUGUAAAGACGUCACUAAAAUCCCUAGGCUUGAAGUCUCUGAAGAGAGUAAAUUCAGGUGCCAUAGCGAUAAUGGAAAACAAGGAUCUCUGUUUUGUAGACCAUAUCGCAUGGAACAAACUGGUUAAAUCGAAGGAUCACAAGCAAAUUAUUCAGCACAACGGGGAUUUAGCUACAUGUGAGAAAAAUCACUUGGUUUGCCAUCCGCAAUGUUCAGCCGACGGUUGCUGGGGACCGGGCCCCGCCCAGUGCCUCUCCUGUCAGAACUACAAGUACGAAGAGACUUGCCUACAAAACUGCACUGUUCUGCCGGGGCUCUACAGGUCAGGAGAGAAAACGUGCAAGAAGUGUCACCACGAGUGCCGUGAUGGCUGCACCGGGCCUACGUUGGCCGACUGCACGAGUUGCCGGCACGUGCGCGACGGGCCCUACUGCGUCGCCAAGUGCCCAGAGUCGCGCUACGUGUCCGAAAACGGCACAUGCCUGCCCUGCCACGCCAACUGCAUCAACGGCUGCACCGGCCCCGAGAAUACCGUCGGAGAAAACGGCUGCAACUCUUGCAAAAAGGCCAUCAUAACCGUCGAAGCCACAGUCGAACAAUGCCUCAGAGAGUACGAACCGUGCCCCGAUGGGUACUAUAACGAAUGGGUCGGGGACGUCAAACCGUUAGAAGGGAAAGUCACUAUCGUCUGUAGAAAGUGCCAUCCUCUUUGCAUCAAGUGCACCGGAUUUGGCAUACACCAGCAAGUCUGUCAAGUCUGCAAUGGUUUCAAACGUGGCGAUCAGUGUGAAGACGAAUGCCCUACCGAUCAUUUUACGGACACUGACAGCAGGACAUGCACGCCAUGCCACCACGAGUGCCGUGGGUGCACCGGCCCCGAUUCCACAGACUGCAUCAAAUGCCAGUCUCUUAAGGUUUUCUUAAGCGAAUCGAAUUCAAUCGACAAUAAACAAGUUUUCAAUUGCACUAGCACUUGCCCCCUGGACAUGCCCAAUAAAAUAUAUUUCGACGAGCAGCUACAGAAUACGAUCGACGAUCCAUAUUGUUCGGCGACCAGCAGCGUCAAAGCGCCUAUGACUGCAAGGACUCCAACGGUACUCAUAAUUGUCUUUAUAUUUGCGUUUGUGUUGCUGUUGAUUCUCGCCAUUAUCGGGUACACUUGCAGGCAAAAUGCAAAGGCUAAGAAAGACGCCGUCAAAAUGACAAUGGUAUUAACUGGAUGUGAUGACAAUGAACCGCUACGUCCGACUGAUGUCAAACCCAAUCUUGCCAAACUUCGAAUUGUGAAAGAAGCCGAGCUACGCAGAGGAGGUAUGUUGGGAUUUGGUGCCUUUGGCAAAGUGUAUAAAGGAGUUUGGGUUCCAGAAGGUGAAAAUGUGAAAGUUCCGGUAGCCAUUAAAGUUUUGAAGGAAGCAACUGGCGCGAACACCAGUAAAGAGUUUCUAGAAGAAGCAUAUAUAAUGGCGAGUGUAGAACAUCCUAAUCUCCUGAGAUUACUUGCCGUAUGCAUGACCAGUCAGAUGAUGUUGAUCACUCAGCUGAUGCCGCUGGGCUGUCUCCUAGACUAUGUUCGAACGCACAAAGAGAAGAUUGGAUCGAAAGCUUUCUUAAAUUGGUGCACUCAAAUAGCUCGAGGCAUGUCAUAUCUAGAAGAAAAGAGGCUAGUUCAUAGAGAUCUAGCCGCUCGCAAUGUCUUAGUACAAACUCCGAACUGUGUCAAAAUUACUGAUUUCGGUUUAGCAAAACUAUUAGAUAUAAACGAAGUUGAGUACAAAGCUGCCGGCGGCAAAAUGCCAAUCAAGUGGUUGGCCUUAGAAUGUAUCCAGCAUAGAAUAUUUACGCACAAAAGUGAUGUAUGGGCAUUUGGUGUUACUAUAUGGGAAAUUUUGAGUUAUGGUGCUCGUCCCUAUGAGAAUAUUUAUGCGAAAAAUGUGCCCGGUUUGAUAGAAAAUGGACUGAAACUCCCUCAACCGAACAUUUGCACGUUGGACAUUUACUGCAUAAUGGUGUCGUGCUGGAUGCUGGACGCUGAGAGCAGACCAACGUUCAAGCAGCUGGCAGACACCUUUGCUGAGAUGGCGAGAGAUCCCGGCCGCUAUCUUGUCAUUCCUGGAGAUAAGUUUAUGCGUCUUCCAUCCUAUUCUUCACAGGAUGAAAAAGAGCUAAUACGAAACCUUUCAUCAGCAAUGGAAGGUCCUGAAUCCCUCGUAGAAGCAGACGAGUACCUUCAACCAAAGUUCAAGUCAGGUGCUGGCACUGUUACUUCGAAUUCGGCUACCAGUGCUGGAGUGGAGACUCAAACUAGCUCAUUGAAGCCAUGUACGUCUUCGUCCUGGGCAAACAAUGCUACCGGUCCAGAAAGCGUCACUCCUGAAGGUUCCAAAGCCGAAGCAUGGGAUCAUGAAAUGUUGAGGUACAAUCAGUCAAAUCCAGAUGGCCCCGAGAUGAGACACUAUUACAACAAUGGAGUAUGUGCCUCCGACGGCUCGAGCUCUCGGUACCGCGACACGAAGAGGCCAGAGGGAUCCGACGGCGGCGACUUCGACAGUAUGUCCAAGAUAAAAGAGGCCCAGGUCGGCAACCUCAAGCUCAACUUGCCUUUAGAUGAGGAUGAUUAUUUAAUGCCUUCGCCGCAGCAUAACCAAAAUGCCUCAACUUACAUGGAUCUAAUAGGCGAGGGUGGCGAAAGCCCGGAAAAGGACUUGCGGUAUACUGGCUUCGUGUCUCUCGGGCCCAAACGUUGUGUGGACAAUCCCGAGUACUUAAUGAGCGAAGAGAACGUGCCCACACAAACACUGGGCAUCCCCACUGAACCCGUGCCCUCAGAGUCGCUGGCGAGUGACGGUAGUGGUGCGAGUGGCGAAGUGCCUCAACCCGGGACCAGCAAGUACCUGCCUCAGCGCUCGGUGGAAGAGGAAUCCAUGUCUGACCAUGAAUACUACAACGACCUGCAAAGAGAGCUGCAACCGCUACGCAAGAAUGAAACAACAGUUUGAGUUUCGUGAUUUGUAAACUGUAGCACCAACAGCUGCGGCUGGCGGUGCGUGUUACGGACUGCGAGCUGAGUGUGCUCGGGACUGAUCUCUCGCUAGUGACUGUUUACUUAAGGCGCUCGCGCGCUCCGUGCCAUUUGAGUGAUGGCUAGUGUUAGUUUGUUGGGAACACAUCAACUUAAGAAUUUUAUUUAGUUAUAAAUGUGAAAGCAUUUUGUUAUUUUUUUUACUGCAUCUGUGUAAGCAACUGUUAUAAAACAAAAUUUGUAAAAAUAUUUUUUUCGGGUGCUCACGCACUGAUAUGUAUAUUUAAGUUAUUUAUUAAUUUAAUAUAAGGAAGGCUAUGUUUAUUUUCUUUCAUGCGUUAACUUAGGGAGUGUUAUUUAAUUAUAAAACUGUGAUAAUUAGAUUUAUUUCAUGGGGACCAGCGAAAUGAAAUAUAAAAAGGCUGGAACACGGAACUAUGUGAAUAGGAACUAAAGCGUUAAGUUAGCUGCGCCAUUCAAUACCUGGCCCUUGCCUCGCACUUCUUUAUUGGAAGUGGCCGAGCUGUCAACUUUCUAUUUUUAUCUAUUAUUUGUAGCCAUCAUUUUUUAUAGGUAUAGGUAGAUAUUGUAAUACCUGUUCUUGCCUGCAGACCUAUAACGAUGCAUUAUGCCAAUAAUAUCUUCCUAAAUUUCACGGGACCUUUAUAUAAAAUAUAUAAGGGAUCUUAAAAUUAACAUAAGGUCCACAACAAAAAGACCACUCUUGCUUGCAACUUGCCGGUCGUUCGGAGCCAUUUUUUGUUUAAGCCUGUACAUAAAUACGAUGAAAUCGAUAUAAAAAUAAUUUAUAAAGAAUCAUUUUUACUAUCCCUGGAAUGGACAGUACGAGUAAUAGAAACUAAAUACUUUUGAUAGUAGUGAGUACUAUACUAUUAUUGUGUAUGUAGGAUUCAAUAUUUUCUUAAGUAAAAUUAACAGUGUUGCUUCCUUGAAAAUAUAAGACAGCUAUGCGGCUAUUUAUUAUUAAACAAAAUAGACAUGUAAAUAUAAAAAUAUAUAAAGCAAAGUUUUAAAGACGAUAUCAAUAAGUAUUGUGCUUGAAUUUCAGGCGUAGGCUGGAAGCACAAAUAUUCGCCUUAAAUGCAAAUAUGAUAGUGUAAAAUAAAAUAUUAGUUUAAGUCUUGUUAUUUGACCAAACCCUCGUUUGCCAUUUAAUUUUGUAAAUAUAUUCGAAUUAGUAAUAGGAGAUAUAUAAUACCUACUUAUAAUAGGUAAAGUGCGUUAGGUUUCUAAAAGUUAACUGCAUAAAAAUACUGGAUGUAUUCGUGAUGCUCCAUAAGAUAAGGUACCUAACAGGGUGUCGUUGGUAUUUUGGAUGUCUUGUGUCAAAACUUUAGCGUGGCCUGAAGUACGGGUACUACACACUAGUUUUAUAGUAAUUACACUUGAAAUGAAAUGAAAUAUAUAUUUAUUAUUAUGCAUAGCUUUAGGUACAGUUAGAUGAAAAUAUAAAAUAUAUACAAAUAUGUACAUUAUCACUAAAACUAUCUUAAAGGCUCAGCUAAAAUUAGUUUCACAGCAAUGGAUGAAAUGGAAUGUGCCCAUCCGUCCUGACAAACCUCAUAAAUAUUUGCUCCUGUAUUAAGACACGAAUCGUACCUAUCCACGGACUUAUUAUUAAAAGUAGUAAGGUACCUUCUCGUAUGGAUGUAAACUAUACAUUAUUUCUGAAGAACUAUAUAAACAUUGUGCCAUUAUUAUUGCAUUAAAGAUACGCUACAAAUUAAUUGAAAUAGAACCACAUUUUAGCUCAAUUACCAAUUACUUGAUCAAACGUUAGUGAUGGUUGAACGAGUCAUCUGAAAUGUUGAUCGUAAUUAGAGCCUACGAGUCGAAAAUCGAGUCGAGUCGAGUCGUAAAUAGUUAAUUUAAAUAUUACUUUUCAUAGCAUACUUAAACAAAAUGCAACUGAAAAGAUAUUUGUCUACGCAACGAUAUAAGCAUAGUUUUAUCAUUAAGUUGUUUUUUAGGGUUCCGUUGUCAUCUAGAAACCCUUAAGUUUCGCCGUGUCAGUCUGUCUUUCCGUCCUAGGCUUUGCUCCGUGGUCGUUAGUGUUAAAAAUGCAAUUUGGCAUGGAUACAUAAAUCAAUUAAGCCGACAAAGUGGUAAAAUUAAAUUUAAAAAAAAAAAACCUGCCCUACCCUACACUAAAGUGGGCAUGUUUUUUCGCGUCAACCCUAUUGUGUCUUCGGAUAUAGGUCGUAUAAAACAAAUAAGUAGGGGCAAAACCAACAUUUUUUUUUAUAAAGUAAAUAUCUUCAGAAAUAAUCGCUCAGAAAUAAUGGGUUCAAAACAUAUUUUAAAAAACCCUGGAAUUAGAGCUUAAUAAAGACAUUCAAUGAAAACUGUAGCGAACAUGAUCAGUUAAGUCGUUUUUUAGUUAUCGCAAAAAGUCUUCCCUUCUUAGUAAAAAGACGUCUACUCUUUUGCUUGUCAUGUACUUGAUACUUACUUUUAUAGUACCCCUCGUUUAAGGCAGCCAAGGACCUGUAACUACGGAACCCUACACUGAGCAUGGCGCUACAUGCUCUUGGCCGGUUUUGUCAUUAUGUUUUAUCUAUAAUAUAAACAUACUUAAUACAAAACGAAACUACAAUUUUUCCUACUGUUAUCUUUUCUAACUAAUACUAUUUAGUUGUAUGUAAUUUAAUAAGGUUAUUAAAUUGUUUUAACAUUGAUGUAUUUUCGUAGGUAUUUAAGCUAAUAGCAAACGAAGUGCAGAUUCAGAAGACUCGUUCAAACAAUGCUUAUAUACACAAAGUGCAAAUAUGUAUGUCGUGAUCGUAUCUAAACAGAAAUAUCGAUUCUGACAUUGGCACGUUACUAGAGUUAGACCAAGAUAAGUCUGCAACGAUUUUGAUAGCACACGCAGCACAAGUGUUAUCUUAAACAUCAAACUUCUAUGAAAUUAUGACGUAUAAAUAACACUCGCACUGCGUGUGCUAUCAAAAUUGUUGCAGACUUAUCUUGGUCUAACUCUAUGCAAAUAGCCCUGUAAUUUUAUUAUUGUGUAAUAAAUGCACUUCGAUAUAUCAAACAUAGUUUGUAUGUAAAUAGACAUGGCUAACAUUGUUUUGGCGCUUUCGCGCGGAAGUAUGCGGUUUUAUGUACUUGUACCUUGAUGAAACAAAUGUAAUUAAAGAAAUUAAAUAA